GAGAGUCGAAAACGCGUAAUCGCAAAAGCACCACAUCGUCGUCAUCGCGGAUCCAUACGUCCUACAUCCAGUGGAGAAAAAAAGCAGGCGACAAAACCGACCGAAGAAAAGCGAAACCGGGGCGUGAAAAUUGAUUUUUUCCCCGUCGUGUUGUCAAAUCAAGAAAAUUUUCUUCUGCUCUGCUGCGCGUGAAAAGAACAAGCAGGCGACGGUUCUCCGAGUUUUGUGGCCGCGUAGUGCGCGUUCCGGGUGGUAAGUUUCCGUGUUUUUUUUUUUUCGCGAACCUCCCGACUUCCGGCAAGAAGCUCCCCGAAUCCGAUCGAAUCGAUUCCGUGAUUGAGAUAUCGAAAGCGCUCGCUGCUGCGAUAGAGGAAAAUUGCCAUCAUUGCGGAAGGCAGAAAUCGUCCUCUCAAAGGUGCUAGCUAUCUGCACCAGUUACUAGGACAAUACGCGGACACGGAAACGGCUAGCUGGAAGAAGAAGAACCCAAUCAGCAGCAGGGUCUUGUGAAAAUCCAACGCAAUCAUUACUUUUUUACGUUUUUUUUGUUCUUUCUUUUAUUUUAUGCUCUAGAGAGACGUUCUUCAUGUGGUGUCGGAAGCAGGAAAGCUAGUGUGUGUUUUUUUUUCUUGUGUUUGCUUCCCUCCGACCGAAGAAUAAUAGAAGUUAUCGAUCCACAUACCAAUUUGUGGCCGCCUGAAAGCAAUCGGGAAAGGCAAAAACCGAAUUUGCCAUUAUUGUUCCGGAAUCGCGUUGACCGCGAUAGCCAAUUCUCUAGUUAGUUCCCAGUUUCAGUUUGUGGGGUUAUAAUAGGUAAAAAGGGGGAGUGAAAAGGUGAAGGUUGUUACUACACAACACCCCGUCUUAUCGGAUAUCGCAUUGGAUUAUCGAAGCUCGCACGGUUCUGCUGGAUAAAAUCAAAAGCACACGGUAGAAGGCAACAACAACAAAAUGACGACGAACAAACCAGCCCAGCUGCUUAUCAUUGAGCCAGCGUAUGAGCUCAAAUUUGUGGGGCCAUUCUGUACGGCAGUAUCGUCCUACAUGCGAUUAACCAAUCCAACCGAACAUAUAAUCAUGUUCAAAAUCAAAACAACGGCACCCAAAAAGUACUGCGUGCGCCCCAACUGGGGAGUGCUGGAACCGAAGGACACAAUCGAAAUUGCCAUAAUCCUUCAGCCGUUCAAUUUCGACGCCACCGAAAAGAACAAACACAAAUUCAUGGUCCAGUCGAUGAUUCUGCCCCCGGGAAGGGAAGAAGGCACCGAGCAGCUAUGGAAGGAUGCCAGCCCGGACGAUUUGAUGGAUUCGAAGCUGAGGUGCGUUUUCGAGAUGCCUAUGGAUAGCAAUCAGCCAGCCGCAGUUACCGCCACGGCCGCAGCCACGGUCACGAGUCAACAGCCCACAAAUGCUACCCCGAACAAAAAUGAAUCCGGCGUAUCGGCAAUGGAAUCACAGCAUGGAAGCAGCGCUAGCAACGAAGACGAUUCUGGUUUGAUUGCGGAGGUGAAAAAACUGCAGGAAGUUGAAAGGGCGCUGCGUCAGGAGAAUUUGGCGCUUAAGGAAAAAAUGUUUAAGAUGCGGCUAGACCUGGAGAGCAAGGAGCAGGCCCAAACGUCCCUGGGAUCGCUCGGUGGCAGUGGUUCCCCGUCUUCAGCGGCCGCUGCUGCCCAUUACACGAACCCGUACAGCCCACCGGCCCUCGCCAAUCCGCAGCAGGUUCCGUUCAUCUACGUUGCCGCUUCCAUCGUGAUGGCCAUCUUCGGGCUCAUCCUCGGCAAAUUCGUGCUCUGAACGACUCAUGAACCAUCAUCGCAAGAAGCAGCAGCAGCAGCAUGUUCGAUUGGGAGCAGUGGUGGUAGCAACAUCGGUGGCAAUGGUAAUAAGUUAAACUAAAGGUGUUAUCUUGAAGCAAACAAAAAAUACAAUAUGAUGAAAACAACACAAAGCAUGGCAACAACAACAAAAUACCAUUAAAACUUAUAAAUACUAUUCAAAAGAGUAAAAGGCAUUAAGUGUGGGAAGUUCGGCCUGGAUUGAAAGCCGAAAAGUAACAUCAAUAAUGUAUGUAAAUUGAUUUAAGGAAUGAUGAAAACGUGACGGAACAGGAGGAGAUAUUGUACUAAUAUUAAACAGUUUAACGGAAAAAAGGAACAUAGUAAUACAAAACCUGAUUGGUUAAUACAUUCAAAAAACUAGAAAGAAACCUAUUAAAAUAAAUGUACCAGGAAAAACAGAAGAUUAAAAUAUGUUGGUAUUAUUUUUGAAUUUGCUCCUGUUGUUUGCAAACACUUUCGAUUGUUGAACCUGAAGGUUUUUUCGAUCAAAUGCUGUAAAAAACGAAAGUAAAUUCAAAGGUUUUGUCCAUCGAUUACCAAUUCGUCCCUUUCACUCGAAAACAAUUCUGAAUCAAGUGUUCGAAAGGCGGAGAAAUGCAUCAGUUGUUUGCUUUCAACAGAAAACAUUCAUUUUAAAAAAACAUGUUUGUUUUUAUAACCUUUUGAAUGCAUCAUACAGAAUUGUCUAGUAGAUCAAAGGGUACUCCGCAGGAAGAAUCGAUUAAUCUAUGGGAAUACGAGUCUACCUGUAAUCAAAAACAAUAUCGGGAUAAAUAGAUAAAACCAAGUUUGAAAUAAAUUGCCGCUGCAGUGUGUUUAAAAGAAAAACAAAAAAAAACAAAGAGAAAUUCAAUCGUAACCUGCUAGUGGGUAUCAGUUUUGUGCGACAAACACAACAAAUCGUAUUUAUCCUAUUUAUCUAGCAAGCAUAGAAAUCAACUAACUAAAUUACACCGGAACAAUGGCAGUCGCUGGCGAGUGGUAUGAUUACAAAAAAAAAACACUAAAACAUUCACGUGAUGAUUAAAACACUAUAUAGUUAUCGAUGACUGCAAAACUCAUUGCUUAAACUCAAAAUUAUUUCAGAUGUUUUCUAUACACAUAUACUAGCGGCUAUUUAGAACGAUUGCUUUCUUUGAUUUUUCAACUUUCUCUAGUUCAUCAAAUUUAUUUCGGUGAGUUUCACACCAUUGCGCGAUAGUUCCGGAUAGUUUCUAUUGUGGUGUGUAGUCCAGAUUUGAUCGAAAAAAAAAUGUGACAGUCAAUAUUCUCCUUCCCUUCUGAUCUUGCUUAGUGGUAGAACGAUCCAUAUGGAAGCUGAAGAGAAUAGAUUAAACCAUAAAUCAUCCCACGGCUAACGCCCUUCCUGGAGGCAAUUGUGUGCGCAUGAGAACGCUUGAAAUUGUUUACUUCUUGAAAAUUAUUUGUUUUAUUUUCAGAAUUUUUAUAAAAAAAAUAUAAUUUUUUUGUCGAAUGAUUCGUCGAUAUAUUUCAGACUAAACUUCCGGUUCAUGAUUUUUUUUUUUUGAAAACCCGAAAAUAUAAGUUUUUGUCAUUUUCGGCUUUACAAUUCUAAUAACACGACUUUUUUAACAAUCAUAUUAGAUGACAACAGCAGUUCGCAAAAAAAAAACACACUUUUUUUUAAUGCCACUAACUGUACAAGCGAAAAAAAUGCAUAAAAAGGAAACGAUUGCCCCGGAGUAUGGCGACCGUGAAACCCGUACAGGACGCGAGGUGGAUUCUUUCUAUAGAAGAUGUAUGUCGGAGUUCAAACAAAAAUAUUAUCGGUGGUGAAAACAAUCCGAGUGAGUCGAUUAAUCGAGAGACAGUAGAGAAACGUGAAACGACAGCUAAUGCAUAAGGUUUAAACAAAAUAAAACAAGAAAAAAAAAGUAGAAUUAUAAAAUAAACAAAUGGACAUAUUUGUUAUGUUAUAGUUUGAGAAUACACAAAUCAGAGAGGAGACAAAAUAAACAAAAAAAACUCAUUACCAAUUCUAUACUAAACACACUAUAGCGCAUUUUGAGAAUAGGUAUCAAAGCGAAUCGAAGAAAGUGGAUGGUAGUAAUAUUGAACAAAAAAAAUCGAAACAUACGACAUAUAAAUGAAAAUGCUAUUACACUAUGGAAUACAUUUAAUUGAUCAAACAAAAUUUGAGUUACUUUUUGUCCAGAAGAUUUAAAAAUUGUAGACAUAUUUUAUUCGAACUUCAAUUUCAAAUCAUAGUUGGUUACACCCUAGAAGUUGAUAAAAAAAAACCUAACAACGUCUUAACGUAUUUUUCGGUUCCGUUGAUUCCAAUGUGAAUGAAACAAUCUAUGGAGGAUUAAAAAAAACAUUACAACCAAAUUCAAGAAUAUAGAGCAAGCAGAACUAUUGCAAAAAAAUAUAAUCAUUUAAUAUUAUGAAAUUGAAAAAAAAAUUACAUCUGCAAACUGCAAUACAAAUAGAAAAUGCUGCUUAAAGCUACAAGCAAAAACAACAACAACAAGAACACACAGA